GAAAAAAAAUUAAAAUCAUUGAAUGCUUGCGAAAUUGGCAAAAACUUUUACACCUAAGUUAGGGUAAAAAUUGACGAUAAUUUGUUUUCCUUAUUGAAAAAGUUAGCAUUAUAUAUAUAUAUAUAUAUAUAUGUAUGCAUAUCUCUUUUCAUGUACAAAAAGGGAAUAUGGAAUCAAGUACAUAUAGCGAAAACGAUGUGUCGGAAGAUAAUACUUCCAUAUUAAGAGAAAAAAAGAAGGAGGAUAAAUCAAGGCGCGCUAAGGGAAAAAGUCUCUCAUGUGUUUUAUCUACAUUUCUUGCUUUUUUGACAUCCACGGCUGCUCUUUUGAACACUUGCUCCUUACCUUCACUUAUAGAAAAGAGCGAUGCUGUGGAUCAGCCGGUUUGUUUGGUAGGACUGGUUGAAGGAGGGAUAGAAAAAGAAGAAGAAUGGAAAAGGUACACUUGGGAUAAUUGGAAGAUAAGAUUGGAGGAGGAUUUCAAUCAAUUCUAUUUUUUGUUGGAUAAGGAAAAAAAGGAAUGGCUUGACAAGAUAGAAGGGGAAUGGGAAAAAUUGAUACAAGAAAUGGAAAAAAAAUGGACGAUUAAUGAAAAAGGCUUUGACAACAACGCACAUUUAUCUGAUAUUCUGGAAGAGUCAUCAACAUGGAAUUAUUCUCAGUGGGAAGAUUGGAUUAGAACAAAGGGGAGUCGACUUAUGGAAAUUGAAUGGGAAAAUUGGGUUAAUGAAAAUGAUUCCUUUUUUAAUGAUAUGAUUGUGAACAAAUGGAUUCAGUGGAAGAAUUCAAAAAUAAUGUCAUGGGUCACGAGUGAAUGGAAAACUGAUGAAGAUUCUUAUUGGGCGAAUUGGGAAAAAAACAAAUCAUGCAAAUUGUUGCAUAUGACAGAGAGAACGAAAUGGCUAAAAAUGGAAAGAAAGAAUCAGUAG